UGAGUUUAGAACAAGAAGCUUUACUUUUUACCAAAAUAAGAAAUGAUUGAUGUGGUGUCCAGUCAACAUAUUGAUUCAUCCCACUUGAUAAAUCUAGUAGUGUAAUACAUUUAAUACUUAUAAUAACCGAUUAAACAAAGCUCAUUACAGCAUUACAAGUCAAUUAAUAAUGUGAUCUGACAAAUAAUGAAUAUACAGGCUUUUAAUCUGGUGGUUAGGAACCACCAAACUGGAUGUAAUAGACGCCAUGUGCUCUACAAAGAUGAGCAAACCUACAUAGAUACACAGAAGAAGACGUUUACACCUUUAUGUGCAGUAGAUCCCGACUUGAGUCUCCUGUAGGAAACCCCCACUAUGAGCUAGCGUGCGAUGAGACCCCAUGUGAGUGGAGUGGAAACAACAUGCAGUAGUAGGGCUCUAAUAUUGGCGCUGGAAGCAGCUGGCGGGCUGUCUACUGUAAUUUUAGCGCACACUGAUGCGCAGGAAAGAUUGGUCGGCAUACCCUCGUCUGGGGGCGUGAGGGAGACGGUGCACGGGGAGGGAGGGGAGCGCAGACAGGACAGUGAGCGCAGAGGCAGAGGGAGGCAGCGCGCGAGGACCGCCGUGGCUCGGAACAAGGCGACCUGCGGCGGCAUGGCACCGCUCACACUUGGACUCUAUUUGCCGCUGUGCUUGUGCUGUGGCCUGGCUCAGUCGUCCUUUCUGGACGGCUCCGUGUCGUUUCCAGCAGCUCUCAGAUCCCGGGAGCAGCAGAGGAGAUUCAACCCAUGCUGUUUAUUGAGUCCACCUCCACCCCCGCUGUUUCCUCCACCGCCUUCACUUUGGCGCCGCCACGCUCAUAGUGAAGAGGUCUCACAUAAUGGUGCUGAAUCGACACCAGGCAACGAGGACCCAGGUUCUGCCUGUCGCCAAGGACCCCCCGGACCCGCCGGACCGCCUGGACCUCAGGGUCCGCCUGGAUUACCUGGAAUAGGGGGCGUUAAGGGCGAGAAGGGAGAAAUUGGACGACCUGGUCAAAAGGGUCGGACGGGGCCUCCUGGGCUUCCUGGAAAGCAGGGACCACCUGGAUGGCCAGGACCGACAGGGCCCAAAGGUGAGAAAGGAGACGCGGGGCUGAUGGGUUUGCCUGGAGCCAGAGGACCAAUUGGGCCAAGAGGUUUACCUGGAUAUAAAGGAGAAAAAGGCUCUCGAGGUGAUCGCGGUGAGACCGGAGUGAAAGGCGACAAGGGCGCGAUGGGUUUCCCAGGAAUGCUUGGACAGAAAGGUGAAAUGGGUCCAAAAGGGGAGCCCGGAAUCUCAGGAAACAGAGGCCCCACCGGCCGACCAGGCAAAAGAGGAAAGCAGGGAGUGAAAGGUGAAUCGGGCGGUGUCGGUCCUAUGGGACCAGCAGGCCCACACGGACCUCAGGGUCACCCUGGCCCCCCUGGUUCUCCUGCUACAGGUCUCUACAUGGUUGGUGCUAAAGGGGCCCGUGGUUCCCCAGGGCCCCCCGGGAAGUGUAGCUGUAGCUCCCUCAGCAGUUCCCCAUUUGAUGAGCAUCCGACCAGAGGAAACUACGCCAAAGUACCAGCGAUAUUCGUUGUGAGCAGCGAGGAGGAGCUGGAGCGUCUCCACACAGACAACGCUCUAGCGUUCCGCAAAGACCAGCGGUCUCUCUACUUCAAAGACGUGGACGGCUGGCUGCCGAUCCAGACUUUUCCAUUCCAGAUGACGCCGUUCCAGUCCAUGGAGAAUGCGCCUGACGACGACGGUUACUGCGGCGACGGGGUGGUGCAGGCGGCCAACGGGGAGGAGUGCGAUGACAGGAACAGGGUGGUCACCGACGCCUGUGUCAGUAAGUCCCCACUUGGUUCUGGGCCCAUUAUAACUCCUCCACAGCUGUAUUCUGCUACGACCCACCCACCCUAUGCUCUCGUCCUGUUGCAGAGUGUAAACACGCCUACUGUGGAGACGGAUACCGGCAUGAGGGGGAUGAGGAGUGUGAUGGGAAAGAUUUCGGAUACCAGACGUGUAACUCAUAUCUACCGGGGUCCUACGGUCACCUCAAGUGCACGGCCCGCUGUGUUAUUGACUCCACAAACUGCAAGUACUUCACCUGAGGAGGACGCUGGGCAGUGCAGUGGGAUCCUCUGUGUGUUGUUUGCUUGAAACAUUACAGGAAUAUUUUCAUGCAAAAAAAAAAAAAAAACCCACCCAAAAACAAUAAUGCUCCGAGCGAGAGUCUGUGGAGGAAGAGGAGGCCGACGAUUCUGUGACGGACGAAAACAAAACAUACAUUGAAGCCGCGUAGCUCCUCGGCGUUAUAGACUCGGCCGGUGGAGAGGAAGAACUUCAUCCCCCCACCCACCGCACCCACAUAGGAAACGCACAUGACCACUGCACUCUGUCUUAACAAGCAGGACUCACAGCUGGCCUCCUCACCACGCCCCGCUGGACUGGCAUCGGUCUCUGGAUGCUAUAACGGCGUGACAGCCUCGCAAAGACUUAAUAUAGUGCCAGAGGGAGAUGUUGCAGAGGAGAAAUAGCCAGGCCUGAGCUGUAUUAGUCUUGACCCAGUUACUGUUGAGAAACAGAGGCAGUGGGACAACCAGAGACGUGUCCUUCUCCUGCGUUGUGAGUGACGGCGCUUGCAUGAGAACAUGACAACAGCUGUCACAACCCAAGCAUGUCCCCCAUUCAUUUACUAUUGCCACAAGGUCUGCCCAUAAUACUCUCAGUAUCACAGCAACAGCGUCAGACGUACGGGUAAAACCAGGCACAUAUUCAGAUUAAAGGUAGUUCUAGUGCAGGAGGUGCCCUUGGAACAUUUCUGACUGUUAAACCACAUGUGAAGUUACGGCAGCACCUCAGCACCUUUUGAAGCUGUCUCCACCUGCUUGUGGUGGUACUGUUAAUCUCGGGUUCACCUAUUCAGAAACUUCUCAGGAACCAACAGGUAACACAGCUGACUCGGCCACAACUGGCCUCCUCCACUAGUCUUUGUUUUUGCAGACGGCGGUGGCCGCGCCCUGUGACGCCAAACACGGCGCUCCAACGCAAAGCGUUCGAUCGAUCGACAGAAAUCCUUUCCUGUGCGCCGGCGAGAAAUCAAAUACACUGUUUGCAAAUGGCUCGAAACUGUUAUCUACUUAAUUUUCUCACGGCACAGGAAAGAGUCCGCAGCUGCUAGAGGGUGAGGAAUUUCAAUUCCACUCCGUUCCAUGGUCAUUACUGUAUUUACGCUAAUACCUCUUUAUCCAGUCUUUCUGUCUUACACUAUAUAUACAGCAACAAAGAAGCUCAACAGUAAAUUAACGGUGUAGAUGUCGUCUGCUGUGUGUCGAGCACCCAUGGUGAAAAUGACUUUGCUUGUAUAAGCUGAUAACUUCCAUAAGCUACUGUGUGAGUCGCACCGAUGCCAAGGGAGGACCUCUCAGCCGCGCGUCGCCGCUGAGCCAUUACGACUGUUACUUCAUGGUGUUCGCAUGCUUGUGAUGCUGUGCUAAUGAGUGUGAAACGCUUUCAACGUGUCGGCCAUUUGUCGUGCAAAUCGCUGCAUUCGUCAGCCUAGCGGGUGUCUUAAGAAAAAGGUCAAAGGUCAAUGUAGCUGCGUACAGUACUGUAUGUGUGACACAUCUUAUGCGAUAGCGAUGAACUGUGCCAACGCACAAAAAAGCUGAACUACUUUGGGAACCGUGCUGAAUGUUGUGCUGCUGUGUUGUCCCGUACUGUGCUAAAGCAAAACGUGCAUGUAGUAAUGUACUGUAAGGUUUUAUGAAAUAUAUUACUGUGACUCGUAGUAAAGUUCAUGUUGUGUUAUUUUCCUAUCA